GUCAGGAGACAAGUGCAGUGUAGUAUGGUGCAGUCAGGAUAAGGAAUGCCUGCCAGCCAGCUCCUUCCCGAGUCUCUGUCCUCCCAGCACUCACUAUUACACAGUGCAUACACAUUCUCUGAGACAGGGGGGUCAGGAUGAGAAUGGCACUCAUGAAGGAACCACUGCUAUUCUUUAUGUUGCUGGGCUGUAUGCACCACACUGCUCAACUCAAGAAAUCUACCACCAGAUGCCCGUCCACAUGCAGCUGCACCAAGGAAUCAGUCAUAUGUGUCGGCUCUUCCUGGAUCCCCAGGACCAUUCCCAGCGACAUCAGCUCCUUGAGUCUGGUGAAUGGGACAUUUUCUGAGAUCAAGGACCGAAUGUUUUCUCAUCUGCCUUCCCUGCAGCUGCUCUUGCUGAAUUCUAACUCAUUUACUGUCAUACGAGACGAUGCCUUUGCUGGUCUCUUUCACCUCGAAUACCUCUUUGUUGAAGGGAACAAAAUAGAGACCAUUUCCAGACAUGCUUUCCGUGGCCUUCGAGAUCUCACUCACCUCUCUCUGGCCAAUAACCACGUUAAGACUCUGCCAAGAGACAUCUUCAGUGAUUUAGAGUCCCUCAUCGAGCUGGAUUUACGGGGCAAUAUGUUUGAGUGUGACUGCAAGGCCAAAUGGCUGUUUUCUUGGCUGAAGAUGACAAACUCAACUGUGUCUGAUGUGGUCUGUGUUGGUCCUCCUGAAUACCAAGGAAAGAAACUGAAUGAUGUGACAAGUUUUGAUUCAGAAUGCAUAACAACAGAUUUUGUUGUCCAACAGAUAUUGGCCUAUCAGUCUGUGUCAAUGGAUACAUUUCAGUAUAAGAAUGAUGUAUUUGUGGCAAUAGCACAACCAAGCAUGGAGAAUUGUAUGAUUCUUGAGUGGGACCACAUUGAAAUGAACUUUAGAAGCUACGACAAUAUAACAGGUCAGUCCAUCGUUGGAUGCAAAGCCAUACUUAUCGAUGACCAGGUGUUCAUGGUGGUAGCUCAGCUGUUUGGUGGCUCUCACAUAUACAAGUAUGAUGAAAGUUGGGCCAAGUUCACCAAGUUUCAAGACAUUGAAGUCUCCCGUAUAUCCAAACCCAAUGAUAUUGAACUUUUUCAAAUUGAAGGUGAAACUUUUUUUGUAAUUGCUGACAGCUCAAAGGCUGGGCUGACUACAGUGUAUAAGUGGAAUGGGAAAGGGUUUUAUUCCUAUCAGUCUCUCCAUGAAUGGUUUCGAGACACUGAUGCAGAAUUAGUUGAAAUUGAUGAUAAACCUCAUCUUGUGCUAUCCAGUCGGUCUCAACUACCUCUUGUUUUGCAGUGGAACAAAAGUACAAAGAAGUUCACCCCCCAUAGUGACAUUCCAAAUAUGGAAGACGUUCUAGCAGUUAAGAGCUUCAAGAUAAAAGAUGAACUUUAUAUUGCAUUGACCAGAUUUAUUGGGGACUCCAAAAUCAUGAGAUGGAACGGAAAGCUAUUUGUUGAGAUUCAGGCUUUACCAUCCCGUGGAGCAAUGGCAUUACAACCCUUUCAUUUUAAAGACAGGCAUUACUUGGCAUUGGGCAGUGAUUAUACUUUUUCACAGAUUUAUCAGUGGGAUCCUGAGAAGAAGACUUUUGAGAAGUUCAAAGAGAUCUAUAUCCAAGCACCUCGUUCUUUCACAGCGGUAUCAACGGAUCGACGCGAUUUUGUAUUUGCCUCCAGCUUUAAAGGAAACACUCAGAUUUUUGAACAUGUCAUUGUUGACCUGAGCUUGUAAAAUGUUCAUCAACAAAAUGUCCCUAGAAGAGGAACAGAAAAACACUGAUGUAUGUAUGAGCUACAUAUGUGUACAUAAACCUAAUCUGCAUUUUUGAGAGCAUACCUUGGUUAUUGGCAUGACACUGUUCAUUUAUAAUUUUUAGUAAUUUUCAAUCAUUUUGUAACCAAUGCUGAGCAAUUGCUUGGGAACCAAUCUAACAAACAUAGGCAGAUAUAAUUUUUGAGACGUCAAAAUAAGCUAUUUCUGUAUUAUAUAUAUUUACUCACUUGCUAUAAAGGAGCCUUUAGUAGUCAGUAACUCUGGAGCUAUGUUAUUAAAAUAGGUUUGCAAGCCCAAAUUUGGGACUUGCAGUGCAUGCCAAGAUGCAAAUUACCUGAAACUUUUAGCUGCUUUUAAGUUGCCCAUGCCUGUUGACAUACAGUUUGCAAGAUUAUCAAACGUUGUCAUACCUGCUUAUGGCAAAAUUGGAAAGAUACAACUAUUCAGUUCCAUGACUGAAUAUUCAUAUCAUUUUGGUGGUAGCAGCAGCAGUGGUCAUGCAAAGACCACAUACUGUACACUAGCACAUACUCACAUUGUAUGACUUAUCCAUUAUGGCUGACUGUUGUCAUUCACUUAUUGAUAGGGAGCAAAAAGGGGCAAUAAUCUGUACAUUAGAUUGAAAAUGGGAUACUAGAGUUUUGUCCCCUGUAUAUAGACCCCUUUGUAGAAAUAAAAACCUAAGAGCCAGAAUUUGCUUACAAGAUCAACCCAACCAAAGUCUUAUUUAAUUUACAGAUAGUCUAUUAUGGACACAGAUGCCCAGUGAAUUCUUAUAUUUCUUGAGGACUUUAGCGUUGAGUUCUCCCUGCGGCAGUUCUUGGAACAAUUACAACCCACUAUGAACUGUUAAUCCAUAGGUAACAAGAGUGGUACUCCAUUUGUACUGAUGCGUUUCACAGAAAGUAAUGUAAUUAAAACAUGCAAAGAGAGGGGAAACACCAAAGCAGAUAUCGAAUCUGGGAACUCAACUACAGGGAUCUACAGAGAACUAACUAUCAGGGUCCACAAGAUAAUUAGGACACUGGUAGGCCAUUUAACUCCUCGGUAUCU